AUGAUUACGCAGUGUGCCAAGUCGGUUUGUGGAAGGAAGCUGGUGGUUGUUUCGCGGGUUCCCGGGACAUUUUUUGGGUUAAGAUCGUUGGCUACAAGUACUAGCAGUAGUAAUGGUGGCUCAACAAAUUUGAAUGCGCUUACAUGGACUGAUUUCUUUCAGAUGAGGAAACAACAGCGCAGGAUUAAUGUUGGAUCGUCGAUUUUCACUGCUUUCCUAGGUUGUAACGCUUCGUGGGCCUAUCUGUCCACGAUGGAAAUCGAUCCGACUCAGACUAUCCUAGGUUUUGAUCCAUUAGUGGUUAUCUCAGGAGCUUUAGCGGCCUCGGGUGCUCUAGGGUACCUGUUUGGUCCUUUGAUUGGGUCGCAGAUCUUUACUUUGUCCAACAAGAAGAAGUUACCAGAGUUUGAUGCUAAGAACAAGGAGUUUUUGAGGAAGAUUAGUACGAACAGAGUUGAUGCCUCUUCCCAAAGUUUCAGUAAUCCGGUUCCAGACUACUACGGUGAAAAGAUUGGGUCCAUUGGAGAGUACAGACAGUGGUUGCGCGAUUGUCACGCUUACAGACGCAAGGCUAAAGAGUUCUUGUAG